AUUAUUUUAAUGUAAUCUAACGAAAAACCUGUUGUUGUUAUAAUAACUGAACAAAUAUGUAUUCACCUUCAAAAUUACACUUAAUAUUUAAAAUCAGUAAAUGGAUAAUUAAAACAAGUAACUUAGAACAAUAUGAGACUUUAAAAAGUCUUAAAAUUCUUCAAAGUCUGAAUGAAUCUCUGAUUCACCAAACAGUUCAUUAAACUUGGCUUCAGUCACAGCCGCACCUGCAUUGUCAUUGUAGAUGUCGGCACUGUCGUCUUUGGGAGAUAAUUGUCCCAUUCCACUUGGCACUGGGGAAGCUUCAGCUGGACUACUGGGUCCAAUUCUGGGCGCUGCACUUUAAGAAAGAUGCAAAUAAACUGGAGGACAAAAACACAAAUGAUAAAAAGAUUUAGAAAACUUGACCUAUGAGGAAAGGUUAAAAAAAUGGGCAGGUUUAGUUUUGUGAAAAGAAGAUUGAUGGAAGACCUGAUAUAAACCUUCUAAUGUGUUAAGGGCAGUUAUACAGAGGACUGUGAUCAAUUAUUCUCCUGUCCACUGAAGGUGGGACAAGAAAUAAUAAACUUAACCUGCAGCAAGAGAGAUUUAGGUUAGAUAUUAAGCAAAACUUUCCAGCUGUAAGGACAGUUAAGCACUGGAAUAGGCUUCCAAGGGAGGUUGUAGAAUUCCCAUUAUUGGAGGUUCUUGAGAACAAGUUGGACAAAUAUCAAUCAGGGAUGGUCUAGGUUUACUUGGUCUUGCCUCAGCACAGGGAGCUAAACUUGAUGACUUCUCGUGGUCCCUUCCUGCCUUACGUUUCUAUGAUUCUAUACAAGCAGGUGAUGGCAUGAUUCAUGUGAACAUUUUCCCUUUAUUUUUGCAUUUCUAGAAUAUAUUUUCAAUGAUGUUUUAUCAAAUAUUUCUAUACAUUUAUCCAUUUAGAUAAAUUUCUAUGCAUUUAUCCCUCUGAACUUUAGCUCAGAGAUGUUCCCCCCCUUUUAGUGAUAUGAAAUAAUUCCACACAGCUGAUGAUGUCAUUAAAAAAAUCUAUUCCAAAAUGGAGCUUCAUGGCUACAGGGAAAGAGCAUAUAGUUGAUAAUGGCUUUGAAGCACCCAAACAAGGUUUUUUUUAAAUCAAAAUAACCAAACUGUCCUAGUGCUUGACAAACAAUUUGUGGAAUAUUUGAGCUUGGAUUUAUUUUUCCAUUGGAACAAUUUCUGCUUGUUGUUGUUGUUCAGCGACUGUUCAAUUUUAUCCUGUACAAAGGACUUUGGGGUGCUUUUAUUUUUAAUUGUAUUUUGAGGCCCAGUGAAUAACCAGGGUGGGUACUGAAGUGUAUUUUAAAGAAUAUUUUUUUUUAAAUUCCAUAUUCUGUUACCCUUGUGUCUGAUGUAUUUCUUGAGGGGUCACAAGAGCAUCAUUCAGGUGCAACUGGCCACCCUUCUCCCUUCUCUUCUAACUACUGGUACUGCUGCUGAGGGUAAUCCUUGUAAUCCAACAAUAUACAGCUGUAUAUUUUUCAUGUAUUGAAUGUGAUUAUACAGGCAAAAUCCUUACUGCUAUAUCAUAUGUGUGUAGACCAUAUUUAUGUAUAUGUGCAUGUAUUGUAUCUAUCUCUGUGGCUGCACUGUAUAUGUCUCUGCACAACUGGUGUGUGCAUGUAAACAUUUUUAUCUGCAUGUAGGUUUAUGCGUUGUCUGGGGUCACCAAUACCACAUACACAUAAGAAAAUCAUGAUUUAGGCCCCCAAAAUCAUAAGAUUUGCUUAGAAAGUCAAGUGUUUAAAAAACAAAAACUUAAAAAACCAAACAAAUAAUUUUUGAACCUUGAGGUAACAUUCGGGUCACAUUUUCAAGCUUUUCUCCCAACCAUGAGGGUUAAAAACUUAAACAACCCCCCCGCCUCCCCGAAGAUUUUCACCUAAUCACACGCUCCUGUACAAGCUGGGGAUUCAAGGAAGCCAUGCCAACCGGCAAUAUUGUGUCUAUGUAUAUAAAAGCGUAUGUGUGUAUACAUUGUGUGCAUUGUUUUAUAUACAUUUAUCGUUGUGUAUAUUGAGUGUGGAUUCCAUGUGUAUGCAUCUGUCACGCGGCUUGUGUGUAUUUGUCUGCAUACUUGUACACAUUUGUAUAGGCACUGUGCAUCUGCAUUGUGCGUGUGCUCUUCUUUCUGUGUAUGUACCUGCGCAGUUCUGCAUAAGCAGCGGUGUGCACGGUAUGUCUUCUGAACGCGCACGGGUUUACACCGCGUGUGUCCGCACGCCCGGCGUGUGUGCCCCUGCACCAGUGCUGUGCCCGUGGAGUCUCAGCCGUCGCUGCGAGACUGAAGGCGGUUGUCUAGCCUCGGCGAGAAAGGGACCUGCUAGCGCCGGCCGCCCUUCUCUACCCCCUGCAGAGGGCGGCGGCCGCUGCCUCCUCCCCCCCCCGCCCCCCGUGUGUGUGGCGUCUUCUCCGUUCAGCCCCCGGCAUCACCGCCGACGCCGCAGCGAGGACCACCUAAAAACAAACAAACCCUAACACAUCCCCAAACGCGAGGGGCAGAGACCAGUACUCCCAAGCGCGCCCUGAAGGGCGAUGCAGGCGGUAGGUCGGAGGCACCGGGCCCUGUUUUCUGCGCCGUGUUGCUGGUCCCCGGCUCCUCCUCCUCUCCGCACCGCGGGGCCGGCGUUGUUGGCACCCACCCCCCGCCCGGCCCCGCGCCGUUCUCGUGGGGGCUUGUGACAGGGGCCAGACGCCUGGGGGAGGCGGUGCUGGUGGAGGGCGGAUGGAUGGUGGCGGCGGCAGGAGGCCUGGCCGGGCGGCGGAUGCGCAGGGACCGGAUCCCACCCGCUGCAUCGGUACCUUGUCGCCGGGCCGCCGCGAGCUGCCGGGGGGCUUCACUGUUAUAGAUAACAAGAGUUAACUUCAGAAUGCUCAAACGGAAACAAAGCUCACGUGUGGAAGCUCAGCCAGUUACAGACUUUGGCCCUGAUGAAUCUUUGUCAGACAAUGCAGAUAUCCUGUGGAUUAACAAACCAUGGGUUCACUCUUUGCUACGCAUCUGUGCCAUCAUCAGUGUCAUUUCUGUUUGUAUGAACACCCCAAAGACCUUUGAGCAUUAUCCUCCUCUUCAAUAUUUGACAUUUGCUCUAGAUACUUUAUUGAUGUUUCUCUACACUGCAGAGAUGAUAGCAAAAAUGCAUAUCCGUGGGAUAGUCAAGGGGGAUAGCUCCUAUGUAAAGGAUCGUUGGUGUGUGUUUGAUGGAUUCAUGGUUUUUUGUCUUUGGGUGUCAUUGGUGUUACAGGUGUUUGAAAUCGCUGAGAUAGUUGAUCAGAUGUCACCCUGGGGCAUGCUGCGGAUUCCAAGGCCUCUUAUUAUGAUUCGAGCAUUCCGGAUAUAUUUUCGCUUUGAGCUUCCAAGAACCAGGAUAACAAAUAUUUUAAAGCGUUCUGGAGAACAGAUUUGGAGUGUUUCAAUUUUCCUUCUAUUCUUUCUGCUUCUGUAUGGAAUUCUAGGAGUUCAGAUGUUUGGAACUUUUACCUAUCAUUGCGUAACAAAUGACACCCAGCCAGGAAAUGUAACCUGGAAUAAUUUAGCUAUCCCAGAUACCCACUGUUCCAGAGAGCUAGAAGAAGGUUACCAGUGUCCAGCAGGAUUUAAGUGCAUGGACCUUGAAGAUCUGGGACUAAGCAGGCAAGAGCUGGGCUACAGUGGAUUUAAUGAGAUAGGCACCAGCAUAUUUACUGUUUAUGAAGCUGCUUCUCAAGAAGGCUGGGUGUUCCUUAUGUAUAGAGCAAUUGACAGUUUUCCCCGAUGGCGUUCAUACUUCUAUUUCAUCACCUUAAUUUUCUUUCUUGCCUGGCUUGUUAAGAACGUGUUCAUUGCUGUCAUCAUUGAAACAUUUGCUGAAAUAAGAGUGCAAUUCCAGCAGAUGUGGGGGUCCAGGAGCAGUACCACCUCAACAGCUACUACCCAGAUGUUUCAUGAAGAUGCUGCUGGAGGCUGGCAGCUAGUGGCUGUUGAUAUGAAUAAACCCCAGGGCAGAGCUCCAGCAUGUCUACAGAAAAUGAUGAGGUCAUCAAUAUUUCAUAUGUUCAUACUGAGCAUGGUAGCUGUGGAUGUCAUUGUCGCUGCUAGUAAUUACUACAAAGGAGAGUCUUUCAAAAGACAGCAUGAUGAAUUUUACCUAGCUGAGGUUGCUUUUACAGUUCUCUUUGACUUAGAAGCUCUUCUGAAGAUCUGGUGCUUGGGCUUUACUGGAUACAUCAGCUCAUCUCUUCACAAAUUUGAAUUGCUGCUUGUAAUUGGAACUACUCUUCAUAUUUAUCCAGACCUCUACCAUUCCCAGUUUACAUAUUUUCAGGUGCUUAGGGUAGUUCGACUUAUAAAGAUUUCUCCUGCUUUGGAGGAUUUUGUGUAUAAGAUAUUUGGACCUGGAAAAAAACUUGGGAGCUUGGUUGUAUUCACUGCCAGCCUUUUAAUUGUAAUGUCAGCAAUUAGUUUACAGAUGUUCUGCUUUGUGGAAGAACUGGACAGAUUUACAACUUUUCCAAGGGCAUUCAUGUCAAUGUUCCAGAUCCUUACACAGGAAGGAUGGGUGGAUGUCAUGGAUCAGACUCUUAAUGCUGUAGGACAUAUGUGGGCACCUGUAGUUGCUAUUUACUUUAUACUUUAUCAUCUUUUUGCUACUCUGAUUCUGCUCAGCUUGUUUGUUGCUGUUAUUUUGGACAACUUGGAACUUGAUGAAGAUCUAAAGAAGCUUAAACAACUAAAGCAAAGUGAAGCCAAUGCUGAUACUAAGGAAAAGCUUCCACUGCGUCUACGUAUAUUUGAAAAAUUUCCUAACAGGCCACAAAUGGUGAAAAUCUCCAAGCUUCCUUCAGAUUUUACAGUUCCAAAAAUAAGGGAAAGUUUUAUGAAGCAGUUUAUUGAUCGUCAGCAGCAGGAUACAAGCUGCUUAUUGCGAAGACUCCCUUCGGCAUCUUCUUCCUCGUGUGACCACUCCAAAAGAUCUGCAAUUGAAGAAAACAAAUAUAUUGACCAAAAGCUCCGUAAAUCAGUUUUCAGCAUCAGGGCAAGAAAUCUUCUGGAAAAGGAGACAGCAAUCAGUAAAAUCCUUAGGGCCUGCACUAGACAACGCAUGCUGAGUGGAUCCUUUGAGGGGCAACCUGCAAAGGAAAGGUCAAUACUUAGUGUCCAGCAUCACAUACGGCAAGAGCGCAGGUCACUAAGACAUGGUUCCAACAGCCAGCGAAUCAGCAGGGGAAAAUCUCUUGAAACCUUGACUCAAGAUCAUUCUAAUACAGUGAGAUACAGAAAUGCACAGAGAGAAGACAGUGAGAUCAAGAUGAUCCAGGAAAAAAAAGAACAAGCUGAAAUGAAAAGGAAAGUCCAAGAGGAGGAGUUGCGAGAGAAUCAUCCAUAUUUCGAUAAGCCACUUUUCAUAGUUGGUCGAGAGCACAGAUUCAGAAACUUUUGUCGGGUGGUUGUGCGAGCUCGCUUUAACGCUUCUAAAACAGAUCCUGUUACCGGAGCUGUGAAAAAUACCAAAUACCAUCAGCUCUACGAUCUGCUGGGAUUAGUUACAUACCUGGACUGGGUUAUGAUCAUUGUUACUAUAUGCUCCUGCAUUUCUAUGAUGUUUGAAUCCCCCUUUAGAAGAGUUAUGCAUGCUCCAACACUCCAGAUUGCUGAAUAUGUUUUUGUAAUAUUCAUGAGUAUUGAGCUUAAUCUGAAGAUUAUGGCAGAUGGCUUGUUUUUUACACCAACAGCUGUCAUAAGGGACUUUGGGGGAGUCAUGGAUAUAUUUAUAUAUCUUGUAAGUUUGAUAUUCCUUUGCUGGAUGCCUCAGAACGUUCCUGCUAAAUCUGGAGCUCAGCUCUUAAUGAUACUACGAUGUCUCCGACCCCUUCGCAUUUUCAAACUGGUGCCGCAAAUGAGGAAAGUUGUACGAGAGCUGUUUAGUGGCUUCAAGGAAAUCUUCUUGGUGUCCAUUCUUUUGCUGACAUUAAUGCUUGUUUUUGCAAGCUUUGGAGUUCAGCUUUUUGCUGGGAAACUGGCCAAGUGCAAUGAUCCAAUCAUCAUCGCAAGGGAAGAUUGUCAUGGCAUCUUCAGAAUAAAUGUAAGUGUUUCAAAAAAUCUGAAUUUAAAGCUAAGACCUGGAGAGAAGAAGCCUGGAUUUUGGGUGCCACGAGUCUGGGCAAAUCCUCGCAAUUUUAAUUUUGACAAUGUGGGAAAUGCUAUGUUGGCACUAUUUGAAGUUCUUUCAUUAAAAGGCUGGGUGGAAGUCAGAGAUGUCAUUAUUCAUCGCGUGGGGCCGAUCCAUGGAAUCUAUAUUCAUGUCUUUGUGUUUCUGGGCUGCAUGAUUGGAUUGACCCUCUUUGUUGGAGUUGUCAUUGCUAAUUUCAAUGAAAAUAAGGGUACAGCUUUACUGACUGUAGAUCAGAGACGGUGGGAAGAUCUAAAGAGCAGACUGAAGAUAGCUCAACCUCUUCAUCUCCCACCUCGUCCGGAUAAUGAUGGCUUUAGAGGGAAAAUGUAUGAUAUAACGCAGCAUCCGUUUUUUAAGAGGACCAUUGCUGUGCUUGUUCUGGCCCAGUCUGUCUUGCUUUCAGUGAAGUGGGAUGUCGAAGAUCCAGUGACUGUUCCUUUAGCAACAAUGUCUGUCGUUUUCACCUUCAUUUUUGUCCUAGAGGUCACUAUGAAGAUUAUUGCCAUGUCACCUGCUGGCUUCUGGCAAAGCAGAAGAAAUCGAUAUGACCUUUUGGUGACCUCCCUUGGUGUUAUAUGGGUGAUACUUCACUUUGCUUUACUUAAUGCAUACACAUAUAUGAUGGGUGCAUGUGUAAUUGUCUUCAGGUUCUUCUCCAUCUGUGGGAAACAUGUGACACUGAAAAUGCUGCUGCUGACUGUGGUUGUCAGCAUGUAUAAGAGUUUCUUCAUCAUUGUGGGAAUGUUCUUACUGCUUCUUUGUUAUGCUUUUGCUGGUGUAGUUUUAUUUGGCACAGUGAAAUAUGGAGAGAACAUUAACAGGCAUGCAAACUUUUCAUCAGCUGGCAAGGCUAUUACCGUACUCUUCAGAAUAGUUACUGGGGAAGACUGGAACAAGAUUAUGCAUGACUGCAUGGUUCAGCCUCCUUUUUGUACUCCAGAUAACAGCACAUACUGGAAGACAGAUUGUGGAAAUUAUGCUGGUGCUCUGAUGUAUUUCUGUUCCUUUUAUGUCAUCAUUGCAUACAUAAUGCUAAAUUUGCUUGUAGCGAUCAUUGUGGAAAAUUUCUCAUUGUUUUACUCCACUGAAGAAGACCAACUUUUAAGCUAUAAUGAUCUUAGACAUUUUCAGAUUAUAUGGAACAUGGUUGAUGACAAAAGAGAGGGGGUAAUCCCUACCUUCCGUGUGAAGUUUCUGCUGAGGUUGCUGCGUGGGAGGUUGGAGGUAGAUCUUGACAAGGACAAACUUUUGUUCAAGCACAUGUGCUAUGAAAUGGAGAGGCUGCAUAAUGGUGGAGAUGUCACUUUCCAUGAUGUAUUGAGCAUGCUGUCAUACAGGUCUGUUGAUAUCAGGAAAAGUCUUCAACUGGAAGAGCUUCUUGCCAGGGAACAACUGGAGUACACGAUAGAAGAAGAAGUGGCCAAACAAACCAUACGCAUGUGGCUGAAGAAAUGCUUAAAGCGUAUCAGAGCAAAACAGCAGCAGUCAUGUAGCAUUAUCCAUAGUCUACGAGAGAGUCAACAGCAGGAGUUGAGCCGAUUUCUGAAUCCACCCAGCAUUGAAACAACACAGCCAAGUGAAGAUAUGAAUGCUAAUAAUCAAGAUAACAAUGCACAGCCAGAGACAAGUAGCCAGCAGCAGCUCCUUAGUCCAACGCUUUCUGACAGGGGCGGGUAUCGGCAGGACUCUACAGAUGGUGGGAAGCCUCAACGAAAAUUUGGACAAUGGCGUUUGCCAUCAGCCCCCAAACCAAUAAGCCAUUCAGUGUCUUCAGUCAAUCUGCGGUUUGGUGGUCGUACAACUAUGAAAUCUGUUGUAUGCAAGAUGAAUCCUAUGUCAGAUGCUGCUUCUUGUGGAUCAGAAGUGAAGAAAUGGUGGACAAGACAACUAACUGUGGAGAGUGAUGAGAGUGGGGAGGAUCUUCUUGACAUCUGACCAAGAAAAGAGGCUAACUUAAGUCAUAUUGCAACAACAGCCAUUUCAAAUAAAAACAAUUUUCUUGGGGUUUGAAUUGAAUGAGAUAUAAUUGAUAUAUGAUUUAUUUAAAAUGAAUGCCAUAGGAUUUUUCAACUGCUUAUCUUUUUGCCAUAUAAAACAUAAUACAGACCUGUAUGUUAGAUUUCAGCUCUAUUAUGAUUACUGUAUGUUAGGAAGACUCUAUAUUAUGGCAGUAUUGAUGACGCCACAGAGUCUAUAUUGUCUUUAGCAUAGAUGGAGCAUUGAAAGAUUUCAUACAUUCUGUAGCUGUAACAAAAAUUUGUAUUCAGGUAUAUACUUCUGCAUUUUUUCAUCCUGUACCAUACCUGAAAAUGGCCAGCACAUUACUGUACAGCAUUUAUUUUCUUUUUAUUUUCUCUCAGUUCUAUUCUAGUAAUAUUUCUCUAGAAAGAUUUUAUUAUUCAUGAAUGACCUAAAAAAGGUCAGCACUGAGUUCAUGGUAAGGGACAGUAUUUUUACAAAGUACAGAUUCUGAAUUUCAAGUCUAGUCUUUUUCUUGUAAUUUUCUUGAAUAUGCAAAUACAAUAUAGCUGAUUUUAAAAUCAGAAAAUGAUGGACUGGCUUUUAAAAAUUGGAUUUUUUUCUUCUGGUUAAUUAUGUAAAGAGUUUAAUUUUCAUAAGAAAUCAGCCAAAAAAAUGACAUGGUUUAAGAAUUUGCAAAAACAUUUACACAUGGUAUGUUUCAUUAAUGACCUGGACAACAAAAACAAAUCCUACAUAAAGUGGAAACUUGAAUGGAUUGCUAAAGAGGAGUACAAAAGAAUUGCAAAACCAUAUAGGGACAAAAUCAGAAAGCGCAAAACAUAAAAUGAGUUACACCUAGUAAGGGACAUAAGCAGCAAUAAGAAGAGGUUCUUUAAAUACAUUAGGAGCAUGAGAAAAACAUAGGAAAGUGUAGGUCCUCUACCUAGUGAGGAAGGAGAGCUGAUGAUAUCAAGAAGGCUGAGAUGUUUAAUGCCUAUUACUCUUCAGUCUUCACUAAAACGAUUAAUGGUGACCAGAUACUUAAUGCAAUUAAUAUUCUAACAAGCGGGGAAGGAACACAAAGCAAAAUAGGAAAAGUACAGGUUAAAAAAUAUUUAGAUAAGUUAGAUAUAUUCAAGUUAGCAGGGCCAAAUGAAAUUAAUCCUAAAGUACUUAAGAAACUAGCUGAAGCAAUCUCGGAAUCAUUAGCAAUUAUCUUCGAGAACUCAUAGAGGCCCCAGAGGACUAAAGAAGACCAAAUAUAGUACCUGACUUUAAAAAGGGAAAAAAAGAGGACAUGGGGAUUUAUAGACCUGUUAUCCUAAAGUCAAUAUCUGGAAAGAUACCAGAACAAUUUAUUAAACAAUCAAUUUGUAAGUGCCUCGAGGAUAAUAGGGUGAUAAGGAAUAGCCAGCAUGGAUUUGUCAAGAACAAAUUAUGCAAAACCAACUUAACCUUACUCCUUUGACAGGGUUACUGGCCGAAUGGAUAGAGGGGAAGCAGUAGACAAGUUAUAUAAAAUAGCAAGUUGGGGUGCUCUUUACAACUCUGAGGCUUUUGAAAUACAGUUCAGUUUUACCAAUCUAUAUAGGAGUGAACCAAGUUUUAACCAUGUUAUCACUCAUGCUCCAGUCUGACAAACCCAAGGCUGUAUCAUGAUUCCAUAACAUGGUUAAAAAGUGGUUUGGUCCCUUUUAGUCUGGGAAAUCAUGUUUUUACAUGUGAUGGUGGUUUCUUUUGUGUAGUACAAAGAAUGCUAACCACUUGAGAGAUAAGUAAGAGAAUCCAUCAGUUUCCCAAAGAGUUUUCAGUAUAGAUUAAGGCUACACAAAUACAGGGAUGGGAAAGAGAAGCGACCAAAAGCAGCAUGAAUGGCACAUAUCUUGUAGGUUCCACAAUAUACGGUUGUUAAAAAUAUAUGGGCUGGGGAUUGUGUACCCUUUCCUCAGAUACACACUGGAAGUUGUAAGCAAUGUAGCUGGGCCCCAAACACAAUUGUUUUUGUCGUAUACCUGAGACCUUUUCCACUACCAUUGUUUCCUAUGGAAAUGAUAGGUUGCUCUAACAUGGCCUGAUGUGAGAUCUCGUGAGAGGCUCACAGUAAUGUAUGGCUCCACACGUAACAUUUUCU